AGAAUGUUGGAGCAGCAAUUCCAAGGUAUAACAGCAGUCUUAGAGAUCUCUGCAAAUUCUUGUACCUAUUGCAUCGUACAUCAUACUUCCUAUACUUAGUAGAAACUACAGAAACACAAAACGCCUUGAUAAAUUUAAUUCAUAUUAUAUUCCAAGGAAAUUAUAUUUGGUAAACCUGCAAUUUUUUAAAGUAAAAUGGUGAAACAAGUAACGCACGAAUCUCCUAGUGAGAUUCAAUUAAUGAAUUCAGCGGGUGAUGCGAAAUUUACGGUCAAUGGAGAUGACCAAAAAGUCGGAAAAGUACGAAUGAAGAAACAACUUGGUUUAUUGGAAGGUGUUGCAAUUAUCUUAGGAAUAAUAUUUGGCUCUGGUAUCUUUGUUUCACCCAAGGGUGUUAUUCAAGAAGUAGGUAGUGUAGGGUUGUCUCUAAUCAUAUGGGUUCUUUGUGGACUUCUGUCGAUGGUCGGUGCCCUUUGUUAUGCUGAACUGGGUACAAGUAUACCUCGCAGUGGAGGAGAUUAUGCUUAUAUUCAUGAGGCAUUUGGAGCGCUGCCGUCUUUUCUAUAUUUAUGGGCUGCUAAUUUAAUUUUUGUACCUACAACCAAUGCUAUCAUGGGUUUAACUUUUGCUCAAUACGUUCUCCAACCGUUCUUUCCCAAUUGCCCCAUACCAGAUGCUGGAGUAAGACUUAUUGCAGCACUUACUAUUUGUUUACUUACAUUUGUCAAUUGUUACGACGUGAAAGAAACGUCAAAAAUGCAAAAUGUGUUCAUGUUUGCUAAAAUUGCUGCUCUGGUGAUAAUAAUUAUUGCGGGAUUAACGUGGUUAAUGAUGGGACAUGCGGAAAACUUUGAAAAUGCGUUCGAGGGUACCACGACGGACCCGGGAAAAAUUGCAGUGGCCUUCUACUCUGGUAUAUUUUCCUAUUCUGGUUGGAAUUAUCUAAAUUUCAUGACAGAAGAGCUAAAAGAUCCCUACGUGAAUUUGCCUCGCGCCAUAUACAUAUCGCUACCAUUGGUUACGCUGAUUUACGUGUUAGCAAACAUAGCUUAUUUAUCUGUUCUAACACCAACAGCCAUGAUAUCAUCUCAUGCAAUCGCUGUAACACUUGGUGAUCAGUUACUUGGCGUUAUGGCUUGGACGAUACCUUUAAUGGUAGCAGUAUCGGCAUUUGGUGGAUUAAGCGUUCACAUCAUGACGUCAUCGAGGAUGUGUUUCGUGGGUGCUAGGAAUGGACAUUUUCCAUCGAUGCUGAGCCAUAUCAAUGUCAGAAGACUUACUCCGACCCCUGCCUUAGUGUUCUUGUGCAUUUUAUCCUUAAUGAUGCUGUGCACAAGUGAUGUUUUCGUACUUAUCACCUACUGCAGUAUAGUUGAAUCAUUUUUCAUAAUGCUAUCGGUGGCUGGAAUACUGUGGCUCAGAUACAAGCAGCCAAACAUGAUGCGGCCUAUCAAGGUCUCACUAUGGGUUCCCAUAACAUUCGUAGUUGUAUGUGCAUUCUUGGUACUGGUGCCUUGUUAUGAAAGGCCUUACGAAGUGGGCAUGGGUGCUGUCAUUACUUUGUCAGGCAUUCCUGCAUAUUAUAUGGGUGUUGUCUGGACGCAAAGACCUAGGGGGUUCCAAAACUUGAAUGUGAAAGCCACACAUACGAUACAAAAACUAUUCAUGAGUGCACGAGAGGAACGAGAUGAUUAGAUCCAUAAAAUCUAAUUUUUUUAUCAUUUAUGAUAUUUUACAGCGAACGUUCAUACAGUGGCUAGACAAUAAAGUUAUAUAUUAUGAUUUUUGUUUAAUGCCACUGUAUUGGAUUUGUAUUGCUUUCUUUUUUGUUAAUAUGUACGUUAUGUUAUGUUAUCGCGCGAGUUGAUGUGCUAAUUCAUAGUCAUUGCUUUUGCGUCUGAUCUUGCACAUCUAAAGUGCACGAGUAUUUGUCGUUAACGGGGAUUUCGUAAUCUAAAAGUGAGAUCUACUUCCAACUGUAAUGAAAGUUAUCCCGCGUUGCUUAUACCAAAAUUGAUUUCUGUGAAAAAUAGAAGAAUGUCAUACAUGAAAAAGUUAAGCCAAAGACCAUUGAUAGGUUUAAAAAAAAGAUAGAAUUUAAAGUGAAAUUUUGGCUAUGCUCAAGAAAAACUUACAUGACGGACCUUGUAGGAAAUUCUCCAUUUACAUUGAUGCUUUUACCGAAAGGGUACAAAGAAGCGUUCUGUUUUUUUGUUCUGUAUUGUUUCUUGCUUUAUUAUCUUAUGGGGAACAAAAUCUAGAUAUAAUCAUAAGUAUAAACAUUGAGAGAACUCAUGAACUGACCGAAUGCACUUGAUCUUCUUCUUGCUCCUUGGUAGCUUUAUGCCCUCACUAGAGGUCCAAGUGGCAGGAAUGCAUUUGAUACUAUUAUCGUAUUAAGUUGUGUGUACUUAAAAUCCCAAAACACACGUGUGUUCAAAACAAUGAAGUACGAAGUAUGAAAAGUAUGAACUUAAGUGGUUAAAGAAGUGCGAAGAUUGUUUUAAAUAAUAAAAUGCAUAACGUAUUAUACAAAACAUUAUUUCCCAAGUGAUUCGUUACUUAUUUGGGAAAGGAUGAAAAUUGUAGACAAUGGAUAUGUCAUUGAAUCGUAUAAUCUAUCAAGAACAAAAUUUAUAGCAAUAUCGAUACAAGUAUUAUUUAUGAAUGAGCGCAGUACGCAUAAAUUGUAUUUGUUUGCACGAUUUUGAUUAAUUUAAAUUUUAUCUUUGUUUGGUUAUUAUAUAUGUAUAUGCAGAUAACAUUACGUGAACGGAUACGUGUAGAAUGCGUAACAAAUAUGUUCAAAGGAUUGAAAUCUCUAAAAAAAAUGAAUAAUAUAUUUUGUUUUCCUAUCGAUAUCUUUGUAUAAACGAUAUGUACAAAAAUAGUUAUUUAUUAACUAAGCCUCCUAUUUAGGCAUAAGACUAUCUCGAAAGAAUUUUUUACGUCUCUCUGUCUUUUCAUUGAAACCAUAUUUUCUUGUAAUGGUCGCCUAUUCCGGCUAUGUAAUUUAUUGAUUUCAGUGAACUAGAAUAUGUAGAUAUUCAUUUAAGGUCGGUUGUAUGUAUAAUGUUAAUCAUGUAAUUGAUUUUUUUGUUUUAUCUGUGGUUAUUUAUUGUUAGGGGUUGGCUUUAUAUACAUAACAUUAAUAAUUUUAUUGAUUUUGUUUUGUCUGUGGUUAUAGGUAGAUGUGUUUUACAAAAUAUUCAGUCUCAAUCUGAAAUUAAAAGAUUUUGUUACCCUA